UUUAGCUUAAUGGACACCAAUCCUGAUUGUCUAUUGUUGCAGCUCAAUAUUGGGUGUCUGAGCGAGAUCGUCACUUUUGUGCCUCUCAAGCAAGCUCUCCAGCUCAGACUGGUCUCUCGUAAACUCAACCAAGCUGUCUGCUAUGGAUGGAGGCUCCGCAUUUACCAGAUCGAAGCUUUGAUGAAGCAUUGUAACACAAAACUAAAAGAAGGGUUUGAAGACAAGACAGUGGAAGACUACAAGGACAUGUGAGAGCACCAGAGUUGUAUCAUUGAUGACUUGAAUGUUUACGUUGAGAACGGAUUUAAGUUCGGUGUACCUAGAAGACAUUACAUGAGCAUCGGGUACUUAGUAAAGCCAUCCAGAUUUAUCACUGUUCCAUUACUAAUAUCAAUGAUUCUUCUUGGAUGGGAUGAGAAAAUUGCUUAUAACACAAACUUUAAAGAUAACGCUGUAAUUUUGCAGUAUUGGUACAAGUUUAGAAUAAAUUUCAGAAACAAAAAGGUCAAAAAGUUUUAUGAUGAUUUUGAUAUCAAUAAAGUUACUGGAGGUCAAGUUAAUUUGUGAAAGAAGAUACUUCAGCUUCAUCCUGACCUAACCUUUGCAAGAAUUAAGCCUUUGUCGAAUUGUGCUGCCAAUGUGUUUUUAUGGAGUAACUUAGUCAUCAAGCAUUUUGAGAUCGACCAGCAGAUAAAACCUCUUGGUAUCAGGCAAAUUGAAGAUAAAAUUGUAGAGUACGAUAGAACUGAGAAAAAAAUGAUGCAAGUUUUUGAUAGGAUACUUUGUCAACAGAACUUCUAGACAGAAUUCUCUCAUGCCACUACAACCUUAUCAACCCCAAUGCG